AUGUCUCGAAGAAGCCAGCGCCUAACACGCUACUCCCAGGGUGACGAUGACGGCAGCAGCAGCAGUGGAGGGAGCUCGGUGAUGGGGAGUCAGAGCGCUCUGUUUAAAGACAGCCCUCUUAGGACCCUGAGGAGGAAACCCAGCAACAUGAAACGCCUCUCCCCAGCGCCGCAGCUGGGCCCCGCCUCCGACAGGCACACCUCCUACUACAGCGAGUCCGUGGUCAGCGAGUCCUACUUUGGCAGCCCCCGGGCCGCCUCCAUCGCUGCCUCUCUCACCAGGAGUUCCAUCCUCGACGACCAGCUGCAUGGUGACCCCUUCUGGAGUGAGGACCUGCGGGUGAGGAGAGGCACAGGUGGCACUGAGAGCAGCAAAGUCAACGGGCUCCCGGAGGACAAGCUCUCCGAGGACUUCCUCGGGUCGUCCUCGGGCUACUCUUCCGAGGAUGACUACGUGACAGGAAGUAGGGGAAGAAAAAAAAGAGUGAGGACAACUGGGCGUCUCCUCUUCUCCCCUGCAGGCUACUCGGAGACGGACCAGCAGGGUUCAGGGUCGCGGCUCCGGAACGCCGUCUCUCGGGCGGGCUCUCUUUUCUGGAUGGUGGUCACUUCUCCAGGCCGGCUCUUCGGACUCCUCUACUGGUGGAUUGGCACCACCUGGUACCGCCUGACGACAGCUGCCUCCCUCCUCGACGUCUUCGUUUUAACCAGGCGCUUCUCAUCACUGAAGCCGUUCCUGUGGUUCCUCUUGCUGCUGCUGCUUCUGACCGGCCUGACCUAUGGUGCAUGGUACUGCUACCCCUUCGGGCUGCAGACGUUCCACCCCGCCGUGGCUUCCUGGUGGGCCUCGAAGGGCAGCGGUGGGCAGCGUGCGGUGUGGGGUUCCAGAGACUCAUCCCCACAUUUCCAGGCUGAGCAGCGCAUUCUGUCCCGGGUACACUCUCUGGAGCGGCGCCUGGAAGCUCUUGCUGCCGAAUUUUCCUCCAGCUGGCAGAAGGAGGCCAUGCGGCUGGAACGCUUGGAGCUGCGGCAGGGGGCUGGAGGGCAGGGGGGCAGCGGCAGCCUGAGCCACGAGGACACCCUGGCGCUCCUGGAGGGGCUGGUGAGCCGCCGCGAGGCUGCCUUGAAGGAGGACUUCCGCAGGGACACCACUGCUCAGAUCCAGGAAGAACUGGUCACCCUGAGAGCAGAGCAUCAACAGGACUCAGAAGACCUCUUCAAGAAGAUUGUCCGGGCCUCGCAGGAGUCUGAGGCUCGACUCCAGGAGCUGAAGUCUGAGUGGCAAAGGAUGGCCCAGGAGUCCUUUCGGGAGAGUUCCAUGAAGGAGCUGGGGCGGCUGGGGGUCCAGCUGGAAGGCCUGCGGCAGGAACUGGCAGCCCUGACCCUGAAGCAGAGCUCGGUGGAGGACCAAGUGGGCCUGCUGCCCCAGCAACUGCAGGCUGUGCGGGACGAUGUGGAGUCUCAGUUCCCUGCCUGGGUCAGUCAGUUCCUUCUUCGAGGUGGGGGAAGCCGCACUGGGCUCCUUCAGCGAGAGGAGAUGCAAGCUCAGCUGCAGGAGCUGGAGAGCAAGAUCCUUGCCCACGUGGCCGAGAUGCAGGGCAAGUCAGCGAGUGAGGCCGUGGCCAGCCUGGGGCUGACGCUGCAGGAGGAGGGCGUCAUUGGGGUGACAGAGGAGCAGGUGCACCGUAUCGUAAACCAGGCUCUGAAGCGCUACAGCGAGGACCGCAUCGGGAUGGUGGACUACGCUCUGGAAUCGGGAGGGGCCAGCGUUAUCAGUACCCGAUGUUCCGAGACCUACGAGACCAAGACGGCCCUCCUCAGCCUCUUCGGCAUCCCCCUGUGGUACCAAUCCCAGUCUCCCCGAGUCAUUCUCCAGCCAGACGUGCACCCAGGCAACUGCUGGGCCUUCCAGGGGCCCCAGGGCUUUGCUGUGGUUCGCCUUUCUGCCCGCAUCAGCCCCACUGCUGUCACCUUAGAGCAUGUGCCCAAAUCCUUGUCACCCAACAGCACCAUCUCCAGUGCCCCCAAGGACUUUGCCAUCUUUGGUUUCGAUGAAGACCUGCAGCAGGAGGGGACGCUCCUUGGCCAGUUCACCUACGACCAGGAUGGGGAGCCCAUUCAGACGUUUUAUUUUCAGGGCCCUAAAAUGGCCACGUACCAGGUGGUGGAGCUGCGGAUCUUGACUAACUGGGGCCACCCCGAGUACACCUGCAUCUACCGCUUCAGGGUGCAUGGGGAACCCGCCCACUAG